AUCAUCGUCGCCCGCUUUCUCAAGGCCAACAGCUACGAUGAGACUUUGGACGCUUUCAUCAGGGAAGCUGGUCUUCCACCCAGUGCCGGAUCCACAAACAAAGGCGAUCUCACCAUCGAGAAGAUCCUCGAGGAAAAGCGAACCUUUGAUAUGAGCCUGCAGUUCGAAAGACUUGGCACAGAUGAUGGGACUCACGGUUGGAGCCAGCAUGGCCCGACACGUUCUAACAUCCUUCACAUAUCGCUGCCACUGGUAGCGAACACGACACCUGGCGAUGCAUCCGAACCGCUGUUGGUAGCCACGACUGCUGACCGCCGGCUCAAUGUUCACAAUCUACCUGCAUGCACGCUCAGAGAUUCGCUAUUGGCCAUGCACGACUCACCAGUGCUCUCGACUGCUGUGCUGAAACAGACACAUCUGCUGACAGCCUCCAUGUCUGGACAAUUGGCAAUAAGCAAUCUGCAGGGUGAGGUCUUUGACAAGCGCCGCGAUCAUACCAAGUAUGUUGUGCAGAUCGCAGUCCACGAGUCUGAGGACGUGACCUGGCUCGCGACCGCAGGCUGGGACGGCAAAGUUCAUCUGUAUAGGCUUGACGUCUCUGGUACCGAUUCGCCUACACUGUCUCCUCCUGUUGCAUCCAUCUCGCUUGCGACCAACCCGGAAGCGCUUCUGUUCAUCAAGCAUCCCGACAAUGAUUCUCUGGUCCUCAUUGUCACGCGCAGGNAUUCGACUCAUCUCUUUUACUACAGUGUUGACAGCGAAGCACGCCUACUUGGCAAGCAGAACCUAGCGCCACACAGCAAUGCCUGGAUCGCCUUCACUCCCUCUGCAAUUGCUCUGUGCCCAACAGACAGCACCCUCGUCGCCGUCGCAACAAGUGCCAUCNCCCACAUGAAACUGCUAAUCGUACGCUUGAUGGUGCCUUCACUGGACGGCGAUGCCUCACUCGCAUCCACCGUCCCCGCUGAAGAAACCCAAGCAUCGCAAGCCCGUGCCGCACUGGCGCUGCAGGAUCGCGAAUCAGCCGCCAUACUGAUCCACUGCACGACCAUGGCGCCUCAGACCGCCUACAGCACACCUGCGCUCGCAUGGCGGCCAGACGGCACAGGCAUCUGGGUCAACAGCGACGAUGGAGCAAUCCGCGGCAUCGAAGCCCAGACCGGUAAAGUCAUUGCAACACUCAAAGGCCACGAGCCCGGUAGCAAAGUCAGAUGUUUGAGUGCCGGGUGGGUGCUUUCAGGAGAAGAGAAGCAAGAGUGGUUGAUCAGUGGAGGUUUCGACCAUAAACUCAUUGCCUGGAAGCCUGAAGCUGCAGAG